AUGCCUAUUCUGGAAUCGCUUAUUGACAUGGAAAACAAGGCAAUGUCGGAUCACAGCAGUGAAGGAGAGGCGCCUCACCGCUCUGAGUGUGCACCAGGAGAGGGUGACAACAAAAGCUUGUCUCGACGACAGAAGAUGAGCGCUGCUCGGCUUGAGAGGAGGCGAGCAGUGGAUCGUGAAUCUCAGAGAGCCACUCGAGCUCGGACUAAGGCAUACAUCUCGAACCUCGAGCAGACUAUUGCUGCCCUGGAGAAGAACAGCAACAACGAGCAGAUGUCAAUUCUGAUGAAGCAGAUUCAACAGAAGCAGGCCGAGAUUAAUCGGCUGAACGCGCUCGUUUCCAGUGUGCAGAAGCUAUUGGCGCCCCCAACAUCAAAUACCGCGCCUGCUGCGGAGGAGCAGGCAGACGAAGAAACCAUUUCCAUCUCUGAUCAGUUCGUCCCGUUAAGUAAUGCAACGAUCUUACCUCAAUUGCCGGUGCCCCGAACUGUCUCGGUCGUGCCAUCACCAAGGAGAACCUCCUUGACACCAUUUGAUGCCUCAUUGCAAUGCAAGUAUAGCAGCAGGAAUUAUUAUGGUGCCCUCAACACUGCCAUUGAUUUCGUGCAAACUCACACUCGAUCAGCCGCUUCUACUUCGCUGGAUCAAUCCGUGGAUGAUGACAUUGCGAUCCGUGCAGUUCUCCAUGGUUGGGGCCAGGUUGAGGACAAGUAUGAUCUUGAUCUGGGCUGGCAAAUGUUAAAGGCUCUGGAUCAAGGCCUAUACACCAGAAGUGAGCCCGUUGUCAGGCUGGCACAUCUGCGGAUCGUGAGAGACACUUUGAUCCAUAAAGCAUAUGGGCAGGUCCCGAAUCGACGCCAGCUGCCACAGUACAUGCUUCCAACGGAGAUGCAGAAAACCAUCCGGCAUCCUGUGCUUUCGGAUUACUUUGUUUGGCCUGAAGUUCGAGAUUACCUUAUCCUCACAAAGACAAUAGUGAGCAAUGAGAAGAGGUCCGCUUGGUUUGCUGCGAACCUACGUUUCGAGUGGCACUAUGACCUGAGAGAUGUAUGCAGGAGGCACAAAGAGACGGGCACAUAUGCGUAUUCGGAGUUGUUCGAUAGCAGCAUGGAGAGCCUAUCAAACUGGUCUGUUGCAUCAGAGUUCUACACCCAAGCUUUGACUUCGCCAUUGAUGCGACCUUUGAGAACGCCAGAGGGGCCUGGCGAGCCCCAAACUUUACGGCAGUCAUCCUCACAUGUAGUCGAGUGGCCAGAUGGACAGGACCAUCUAGAAGAAGAUGAAAGCAAUCUACGACCAUUCCCACCGUUUCCGUCAACACCGUCGCCUGAGGAUCGCAUCAAGGCUUGUUCACUCACCCAUUCAGUCCCUGACGCUUACGACUCGCGACUUGCGGAUUGGCCAGAGCUGAAUUAUAUCAAUCCGGGGUUCGGUUGGACAGGUUGA